CGCGGGGAGGGAAUCUUUGAAAGGAGAAGGGAGGAGAACCCGUUCUUCUUCUUUUCCCACGCGACCACGCUUUACCAUAAAUGUGUCGGGCACCAUACGUGGUGGACGCACAUGCCCCUGGCGGCGUCUUGUUUCGAGUUUCUAGUUUCUACACGAGAGGCGGGGGGCCUCCCGCCCACCGAGGUGGAGAUAUCGGGACGGGUGGGGGCUAGUUUGGUAAUUUCGCCCGUCUGAAGGAAAAGACCCCUCGGCUCUUCUGUGCCGUGCCUGUGUCCGUGCCCCGUGCCCCGUGCUCGGGCAGUACUUUACUCCGUACGUACGCACUCUUUUACUCCCACUCCCAAGUCCCUUCUUUGUUUCAAGACAAGCUCAUCUCACUACCUUCACUCCGAGUCUUGAGCCUGGGAGAGAGGUGAGAUGGGGGAGAUGGAAGCGGCGGAGCAGCGUGGGGGUCCGGCGGAGUCGGCGGAGCUGGUGUCGGUGCCAGCGACGCCGAGGGGGGGAGGGGCGUCGACGCCGGAGACGGUGACGACGCCGUCGGGGCAGCGGUCGCCGCCGCCGGCGCGGCACCCGGCAGGAGGGCCGGCGGCGUCGACCAACUCCAAGUCGUCGUGGGCGCCGACGCCGGUGAACGCGGUGUCGCCGCGGUUCCUGAGCCCGAUGUCGGUGUCGUCGGCGGUGGGGACGCCGGUGAAGCGCGUGCUGGUGAACCUGCGGGGUUACCUGGAGGAGGUGGGCCACCUCACGCGGCUGAACCCGCAGGACGCCUGGCUGCCCAUCACCGAGUCCCGCAACGGCAACGCCCACUACGCCGCCUUUCACAACCUCAACGCCGGCAUCGGCUUCCAGGCCCUCCUGCUCCCUGUCGCCUUUGCCUUUCUCGGAUGGAGUUGGGGAUUAAUCUCUCUCACUGUUGCUUAUUGUUGGCAAUUGUACACUCUUUGGAUUCUAGUUAAGCUUCAUGAAGCAGUGCCUGGCAAGAGAUACAAUAGAUAUGUGGAGCUAGCACAGGCUGCAUUUGGAGAAAGGUUUGGUGUUUGGCUAGCUCUUUUUCCAACAGUUUAUCUAUCAGCAGGCACUGCAACUGCAUUGAUCCUCAUCGGAGGGGAAACUAUGAAGCUCUUUUUUCAGAUAGUCUGUGGGCCCCUUUGUUCAUCAAACCCGCUGUCCACUGUUGAGUGGUAUCUGGUAUUUACUUCUUUGUGCAUAGUUCUCUCUCAGCUUCCGAACCUCAAUUCCAUCGCCGGGCUUUCGCUUAUUGGAGCUAUAACAGCAAUAACUUAUUCUACCAUGGCAUGGGUGCUCUCUGUUAGCCAGAAAAGACCCCCUUCUAUCUCUUAUCAGCCACUCAGAUCCUCUUCUUCUGUUGCAUCAUUGUUCUCCGCCUUGAAUGCUCUAGGCAUAAUAGCAUUUGCAUUCAGAGGGCACAACCUUGCAUUGGAAAUACAGGCAACGAUGCCGUCAACUUUCAAGCAUCCUGCACACGUGCCCAUGUGGAGAGGGGCCAAGGUCGCAUACUUUUUAAUAGCAAUGUGCUUAUUCCCUAUUGCUAUUGGAGGUUUUUGGGCUUACGGCAACAUGAUGCCGUCUGGAGGGAUGCUGAACGCUCUUUACAUGUUUCACAGCCGUGAUAUUCCCAGGGGAUUGUUGGCAACAACUUUUCUUUUGGUUGUGUUCAACUGCCUGAGCAGUUUCCAAAUAUACUCGAUGCCUGUAUUUGACAGUUUUGAAGCAGGUUACACCAGCAGAACAAACCGCCCUUGCUCCAUUUGGGUCCGAUCUGGUUUCCGAGUGUUCUAUGGUUUCAUAUCAUUCUUUAUCGGAGUAGCAUUUCCUUUUCUCUCUAGCCUUGCUGGCCUACUUGGUGGCCUCACUCUUCCUGUUACCUUUGCUUACCCCUGUUUUAUGUGGAUCCUUAUAAAGAAACCUCAGAGAUUCAGCUUCAGCUGGUAUCUAAAUUGGAGCCUUGGAGUUCUGGGCAUAGCUUUCAGUAUAGCCUUCUCCAUUGGAGGUGUUUGGAGCAUGGUGAGCAGUGGGCUGAAGCUAAAAUUCUUUAAGCCUAAUUAAGUUUGACAUUUUGUUCGUGUGUAUGCGUACACUAUUUCAUUCUGUUAUUUCCUAGAACUGUUUGCUUCAUUGUCAAUUUGAGAAUCCCUGGACAUGAAUCAUGUGGUAGCAAUGUAUAUUCUUCUUGCCUCA